AAAACGGCGCCCGGUCGCCCACGGCCGGACUGCCCGGACACGCAUUUGCGGGAACACAUCACAUCACUCUCACAAACUCAAAUUAGGUGUCAGCUCAUGGCCAUGGCGGUGGGUGCUGCAUCGGAGAGGAAGGCGAAGCUCUGGGAGCUGGCGCUGCGCUGCCUGAUCUGCCUGCUAGGAACCCUGGCAGCGGCGCUGGUGGCGACGGACAGCCAGACGAGGACCUUCUUCUCGCUGGAGAAGAAGGCCAGGUACACGGACAUGAAGGCCCUGGUGCUCCUCGUGGCCGCCAACGGCGCCGCCGCCGCCUACAGCCUCCUCCAGGCCUUCCGGUGCGCCGUCUCCAUCGCCCGCGGCGGAAGCGGAAGCAGCAGCAGCAAGGUGGUGGCGUGGUCCGUGUUCUCGGGGGACCAGCUGCUGGCGUACGCGACGCUGGCGGCGACGGCGGCGGCGGCGCAGGCGUCGGCGAUCGGGAAGAAGGGGCAGCCGGAGCUGCAGUGGAUGGGGAUCUGCGACCUCUACGGCGCCUUCUGCAGGCAGGUCGGCGGCGGCAUCGCCUGCGCCGUCGGGGCGGGGGUCGCCGCCGUGGUCCUCGCCCCUGUUUCUGCCUUCAAUCUCUUCCGCCUCUAUGGUGGUGGCGGCGGAAAGGGGUACGGCGGGGAUGCUAGAAACGGCGGAGCGACUUGGUAGGGAUUGAUUGAUGGAUGCACCGGCGUCGGAGAAGAAGAUCUUCUUAAUUAGCCAGUGUAAUCGAACUAAAGGAGUACUGUGUUUCAGAAUGUACUGUAGAAUGGAUCAUCUCUCUGUCUGAACUCUGAAGAUGAGUCUUAAUUUGUCGGUUGAUUUACCUUUCCUCCUGGAGAAACAGAUUAACUGAACUGCCUGAGGUCCUGAUCAAAUUGCAUUUCCUAGAUGAAAAACAUCAACAAUGAUCAUGGUAA